AUGGUCGUACUUGCUCUGUCCGAGCAAGCGCAGGGCACUAUGGCGCUGGGCUACCAGCCAAAUAAAGUAGGGAUUUAUGUCCCCGUACGGACGAUGAUCUACCACGAUACCGGCGGUUGGCUAGCAUUUAUAUUUACACUGAUAGAUGUGCAUUCCGUAGCAGCAAUUAUCCUCUCCGGUGCGCCGAAUUCGUACGCCAGGUAUCCGAAGUGGGCUCAUUCGUUCGAAAAUUCACUUUCAUUCGAAUUCAAAACGAAACAAUCCCAUGGCCUUCUGCUCUACACCGAUGACGGUGGUGUAAAUGGCAAUUUCUACUCGAUCAGCAUCUCCGACGGCAGAGUUCAACUUGACUUU